CGCCCUGGGCGGCUCCGGCUCCGGCUCCGGCGCCGCGUCCCGGGCGCAGGGGCGCAGGCUGGGGCAUCUCCCCGGGGCCCCGGGCCCGGCCUAGAGGAGCAGCCGGGUGCCCGCCCUCCGCCGCGGCCGGUGGCCUUGCGCCGGCUCCUGCUUUUCUGCUGGGCUCCCCUGACCGUCCCCGCUGGGCUCGAGGACCUUCUCUCCAGGAGCUCCGAGCGGCUUCAGGAAGGGAGACCAUGAGCCACAAGGAUGGCGAGCUGGGGAGCUGCCAGCCGCUGGUGUUCACGGCGCAGGAGCUGGAGUGCAAGAUCUGCUACAAUCGCUACGACGCACGAGCCCGCAAGCCCAAGCUGCUGAGCUGCUGCCACCGGGUCUGUGCUAAGUGCCUGCGCAAGAUGGUGGCCGUGGGGGAGUCCUCGCCCCAGCUGCUCAGCUGCCCUUUCUGCCGGCAGGAGACCCAGGUCCCCGCGGAGGACGUGCAGCUGCUCCAGGAUGACAGCAAGGUGCUGGCAGUGCUGAGGUACCACGAGCGGGCAAAGAAGCGAGGCACUCUGCCCUCCCCCGAGGUCAUCCUGUGCCCCAGCGUCCUGGAGCCCUCCCGCAGCUCCUCUGACUGCCUGGUCAUCACCAUCCUGGAGGUGCCGGAGGACGUGGCGCCCCCCGAAGGCUUGGGCAUGCUGGACAUGAUACGCCUGUACCGCCCCACCAGCCUGGACUCGCUGCCCUGCCGCGGCCCCAUCCAGAAAUCCCGCUCUUGCACCUGGCAGGCCAUACCCCACUUCGUCCUCUGGAUGCUCUGCCUCAUCUACUUCAGCGCCCUGCCCUUUGGCAUCUACCUCCUGCUCAUUGAGCGCCACAACCUGGGCAUCGUGCUGGUCAGCCUGGUGCCCUCCACCCUCAUUCUCUGUGUCCUCUACAGCUUCUGCCAGUGUCUGUGCCGCGAGAUCUUCGAGUUCCCCUCCACCUGAGCCUGCUGCUCCCCUGGGUCCUGAAGGCACCAGGCACUGGCCUUGCACAGCCUGGACCUCCCCAAGGCUGUGCCCUGUGCCUGGGGCUGGCUGAGAGCAUCCCCACUCAGGGCUUGCCAGCCCCCAGUUACUGCAGGGGGACGGGAGAUGUCAGUGUGGGAGGGUCCAGGUGCAGCUGAGCGACUGGUUGGACAGGGCCACGAAGCGAGUACUGAGUGCCUGUCAUCUUCCCUUGCAGAGAGGAGAUGUACUACAAAGCCGUGCACGACACUGCUGUCAUCUUCCUACAAAACAACGCAGGCUUCACCAAGUGGGAGCCCACGCCGGAGCGGCUGCAGGAGCUCGUCACAGCCUAUAAGCACUCGGGACGGACCCUCAGUUCCACGGGUUCCUCCUCCUCCUCCUCUUCCUCCUCCACUUCUUCCUCAACUGCAGAUAAAGAUCGGGAGACGGGCCGAGAGCAAAGCACCAGCCGGGAGACCAAUGCCAAUUAAUCUGCAGAGGGCAGUGUGCGGGGACAGACGGCAGGGGCGAAGGUAACAGUGCUCCAGAGGAGGGAAGGUUUGAUGUGGCAGGUGGAGAGACUGCUGGCCGAGUAGCGCCAGGCCUGGGGGACUCUCUCCAGGCAGCUCCACCCUGCUUGCUUUCCUCUGUAAACCUGCAAGGCCACUUCCCUCACCAGAGUCCAGGGAGAUUCCCUCGCCUUACGCCCCGUGGGAAGAAAACUGGCUGCUGCCCUAGACGAGGGGCAAUGAAGCCAAAGGUCGCAGUCAUAGGAAGAGUUUGCAGCCCCAUCAAACACUAAAGCUCUGAGGAAGAGGCAGCUGGUGCUGAGACGGCUGCACAGGUGAAGGAUGGACGGACAGACGGACGGACUGACUGACAGACCGAGCUGUGGCCUAGAAGGUCCCUUGCAGCUGGCUGAAGCCUGGCAUUUCCAAGAGAGAAGCAGACAGGGUCCAGAGGCUCUUCCUGCUGGCCUGGCACCAGCCCAGCUCCGUGUCCAUAGUGUAAAUAGUUCUGUCCGUGGCGACCAUGCUCCCUGCAGGGUUUGUUUCCGUAGCAUCCAUGUUUCCUUUCCACAUGUACGAGUUCCGUGUUUGCCGAAGCUGUUUACUGUAUAAAAGAAAAGCAGAGAAAAGGAAUUUCUUUUAGUGUGUAAAAACGUCUUUGCAGCUG